AUGUUGGAUGACCUCAUAAUAGAGGUCCAAUCAGUUCUUGAGGAUGACCACAUGAAAUUUGUCUUGACUGCAAUUGUGGCAUUGCUUGUGAUUAUUAUUACAUCGUUCAUAGUGCAAAAAACUUUGUUCAAGAAUAAGAAUCGAACGUUCAUUCUUACUGGACCGAAGAAAAGCGGAAAGACGUCUCUUUUCUAUUAUUUAACAACUGGGAAAAUACCAGAACUAACAGUUACAUCUAUAGAGCCAAGUGUUGGUAAACUUAAACUUCAUAGCGAUGAAUAUAGUGAGGCAUUUGCAGAUGUGGUGAUUCGUGAUUACCCAGCUAGUUCGAAACUCAAAAAUCUUUACUUGUAUCCGUUUUUGAAAGAGAAUAUUAGAGGAUGCAAGGGUUUAAUAUACGUCAUUGAUUCAUCCUGCUUUGAUUCGAGCUAUUGCAAUAUGGUGGCAAAUGACUUGCUCGAUCUCUUGAAGAUUACAGAAUCAAUUCCAAAUGGCGUUGAUAUUGCCAUAUUUUGCAAUAAAUGUGACUAUUUCACAAGCAGAAAGCCUAAAAAGAUCAAAGAAAUGCUUGAAAAUGAAAUCACAAAACUUUACAAAUUAAAGUUGAGAAAUCUAAACAAAGUUUCGUUACACGAUACAACAGAAAAUGCUGAGGCCGACGAGUCAGAGGAGGAAGAUAACUUCGAGGACACACUUAAUACUGCAUUCCAGCGGGGCGAAUUCAAAUUCGAGAUGCUUGAAGGAAAUGUUGAUUUUUUGGAGGGUAAUGCAUUUAAGCAAAAAACAGAGCCGUUAACGGUCUGGUUCUGCGAGAAAGCCGCUAAUUAG